GAGAGAGAAGAAGGGAGAGAGAGGGAGAGAGAGAGUGGAAGAGAGAGAGCGAAAGAGUGAAUGAGUGAGAGAGGAACCUAAGGAGAGAAAAAGAGUUUCCUCAGGAGUUUUCUAUUCGGUUCUGUUCCUCUUUUGAGUGUGAGAGUGGGUGAGUGUGUGUUUGGGACUUAACCGGAGUGUGUAAGUGUGUGUUUGGGACUUAACCUGUGUGUGUGAGUGUGUGUUUGGGACUUAACCGGACACCAGCUCCAGUCUAAGGGUGAAGAUGGCUGCACUGGAGUAGACAGUUGCAGCAUACAGGCGGCACACACACCUGCGCUUCCAGUCCUCUGCCCGGCGGCACACGCACCUCUUCAGCACAGCCGGCAGGUGAGAGAGGCUGUCCUCCAGAGUGGAGUGAGGGUGUUCCUGAGAGUGUGUGUGAGAGUGUGUGUGAGAGUGUGUGUGUGUCAGGCGUGUCUGGAGAAGGACAAACUGGAGUUCCGUCCCACAAGAAGGAGGCGGGGCCUCACAGCGAGAAACACGCAGCAGCAGGUUCACCAGCCUGCCACCCAUCAUACGACAGCCAAAGGAGCCAAUCAGCACAGCCAGACCGAGAGAGGAGCCAAUCAGCACAGCCAGACCGAGAGAGGAGCCAAUCAGCACAGCCAGACUAUACUGGGAGGAGUCAAGAGUCAGAGUCGGACAUCCAGUCUUCAGUAAAGGAAGCUGAGCCGGCCCCCUGCCUCUUCCCUCUCACUCGCUCUCGCCCCCCCCUGACUCACACCAUGCCCACCCUCCCAGAGGAGGAGGAGGACUCACCCGACAGCAGCUCCAGCUCCCCCACAUCAUAUACUCCAGCCCAGAGUAAACUGGUGAAGGUUGCCAUGGCAACUCCCUCCAUCGUUCUGCCACUGAUGGCCGCCAGCGUCCAGCCAAACCCACGACCUGUGGAGCAGGCCCGGCCACAUAGCCCACGCCCCCGCUUGUCCAGAAACUCUGCCUCCUUAGGAGUUCCCAUUACCACUGUAGACCCUGAGGGCCAUGUGAUUGACCUGCUGAAGGAUGAGCUCCCUGACCUGCAGCUGAAUGAUGCGGAGCGCCAGAGGAACCUGCAGCUGCUGGAGGAGGCCAAGAGAGUGAGCGAGCGCUUCCUCACCCGCAGGGGGCGCCGGAGCACCUGCAGCCUGUCUGACUCACCUACAGCUCUGUCUCCUAGCCCCACCCCUGGCUCCUCCCCCGUGCCAUCCAGAAGUAGCUCCACUACUGCUCCGCCUCCACCAGCAGACAGGUCAGAGCCGAACCUCUCCAAUCCACCUAGCUGCCAACGCCUAGAGGUUCCUCCUGUACGGGACCAGAAAGACCCCGACACAGUCGACCCAGAGGCUCUGCGGCGGGUGGAGUGGAGGCCCAGUGAGAAGAGGAAGGUGUCAUCAGGGACGCUCUCCCCCCGACACUCUCAGACGGCGGCGCUGAAGAAGGCCGCCUCGUCGCCCGCCGAUACGCCUGAGGAGAGCCCGUCCCCCUCACCUGCCACAGGUGUGGCCAAGCCGGUGCCCCGCCCCCCCACACAGCAGGCUCCCUGCACCGCGGAGAUCAAGACCAUGGGCGCCUUCCCCCCCCUCAUGCGCGCUGUCUCCUGGGACACGGUGGGCACCCUCAACCUGCGCAACGAGUCACAGAGCCCCGCCCACACGGAGGAGGAGGAGGAGGAGUCUAUAUCAGCCCUGCCCUUCAGUAAGGGGUCAGGUUACAAGGACUUCCCUGUUCCGGCUGCCAACGUCCAGAAGAUGUCCAAACUCAGAGAGGAGCACAAGUUGAUGCGGAACCACAGCAUCUCAAAGCUUCCUGACCUGUCUGAGAAUGCUGAGCAGGAGAGAGGCCCCUCCCCCCACCCUGCCCCUGACUCCGCCCAAGAGGAGGAGUCUAAGGAGAAGACUGACGUGCUGCCCAGCAUCUCUGAUGUCAUGCUGCGUAAACUCAAAAUGCACCGGGGCCUGCCAGGCUGCGCGCCACCUCUCUCAGAGAAGGAGGUUGAGAAUGCAUUUGUGCAGCUGUCUCUGGCGUACCGUAAUGACAGCUACACGCUGGAGACGCGUCUGAAGCAGGCAGAGAGGGAGAGAAACCUCACGGAGGAGAACACAGAGAAGGAGCUGGAGGAGUUCAAGGGCUCGCUGAAGGGUACAUCAUGUUUGUGGCAGAGUAUGGAUCAGCGAGAGUCGUACCAGCGCCUCCUGGAGACAUUGGCAGUACUGCAGCGUCUGGCCAUCCGCCUGUCAAGCCGAGCCGAGAUGGUGGGAGCAGUACGCCAGGAGAGGCGCAUGAACAAGGCCACAGAGGUGAUGAUGCAGUACGUGGAGAACCUGAAGAGGACGUAUGAGAAGGAUCACGCAGAACUCAUGGAGUUCAAGAAACUAGCCAAUCAGAACUCAAACCGUUGCUAUGGAGGCUCCAUAGAUACUGGAGAUGAUGGAAUCCCUCGGGCCUCCCGUUCCAUGUCUCUCACCAUGGGGAAGGCAAUGCCACGCAGAAGAGUCAGUGUUGCCGUGGUUCCUAAAUUUAACCUCCUCAACAUCCCAGGCCAGACACCUGGCCAAUCACCAGGCCAGAUGCCCGGCCAAUUACCAGGCCAGAUGCCCGGCCAAUCACCAGGCCAGAUGCCCGGCCAAUCACCUGGGCAGACAUUUGGCCAAUCACCUGGGCAGACACCUGGCCUGAGCAGUGGCCCCAGCUCGGCACGAGGCCUAAGUCCCGCUCUCCCGGUCCUGUGUGAAGCCACAGUGAGGACUGGUCCUCCCAAUGAUUCAACACUACACACCACACCAGAGAGUGGGAAACAGAGCGAAUAUGAUGCCGUAGCUCCUGCCAAGAGCCUCAGUGUGGAGGAGAUCCGCUCCGAACUCAAGGCCAAGAUAGAGGAGGAGGCUUACAAAAAAGGGUAUGAGGAGGGGCUUAAGAAGCUGAAGGAGCUGAAGGAGCUGAAGGAGGAGGAGGAGGAGGAGAAGACGGACGACACCAUAAAGGAGACAAAAGAGGGAAAGAGAGAGAAGAAGACGGAGGAGAAGACCGAGGAGAAGGAGGAGAAGGAGCUCCCUGGAGAGAGAGACGAGGAGGCGCACACUGAGAAGAGGAGCAGCAGCCGGUUCUGGGAUCUCUGGAGUGUUGUAGAGCGUUCCUGUCCGAAGGUCCUGUGGCAGAACCGUGUGGUGUGGGCCGCACUGACGUUCCUCUUGGUUCUCCUGUUCCUCGUCAACCUCCUGGGGUUCCCUAGCAACAGCUCCGGUGCGCUCGGCGACGCCUCAUCAGAGAAAGCUGAGGCUCCGCCCACCCAGAACAAACUCUUUGGACUCAGCGUCGGCGCAAAGGCUAAGCAGGAAUGAUACACACACACACACACACACACGUUCGCAAACACACCUACACACACACACACACACCUACACACGCGUGCGCACACACACCUACACACGUGCACACACACUUCUGCCUUCAAAAAGACCUACCUACUUGAAUUCUGAACACACACACGUAGACUAAGCCUAAGAUGUUUACCUGUGCUCUUGUCCACUCAGUCGGGACUGGCCUGACGGGCACACACUGACACACACACACACACACACACACACACACACACACACACACACACACACACACACACACACACACGUAGACUAGGCCUGAAAUGUUUACCUGUGCUCUUGUCUUGUUGGGACUGGCCUGAUGGGCACACACCACACACACUGGCCUGAUGGUGGUGGGGUGGAGGUUUGAUUGCGAGAUAUUUAAGUUAAAGUUUAAAUUUGUUAUGAUAAUAGAUGUUAUUUUUCUCUCUUGCUAUUGUCUGUCUGUAUUUAAAUGAUGUAAAGGGUGUGAGUGUGUUAUGGGUAGGACAUGGUGUCUCUAUUGCCCCCUAGUGGCCUUGUACUUGUGUGUGAUUUAACACUGAUCACCCCCCCCCCCUUCACUGUGUGUGUCACUGUCACCUGUGUCUCACUGCUGUGCUGCACCCCAAUAAAGCUGCUCUACCACAACUUACA